UAACUUCCCUAUUUGACGUUUCGCAUGCGGCUCUAAUCCCACGCGCUAUGUUUACCUGGUACUUGUUCAUGGUUCAGGUAUUCCAAUACCUUCCGUUGAUGCGUAUUAUGAUGGCCCGUUACUAAUAUUAGGCUAUGUCGAUAAAUAGGAUCCCGGCACACGCCACGUCCGCUAUCACUUCCACCUCUUCGAUCUUCUCGCCCGUGUCUGCGGUAAAAGAGAUCGUGGACAAUGCCAUCGACGCAAAUUCCACAUCCAUCAUCAUCGAGAUUGAUUCCACAGGUGGACUUUCCCACUUGGCCGUUACAGACAAUGGUGAUGGUGUCAUAAAAGAAGAUCGGCCGUUGAUGUGCAACAACUGGACCACGUCCAAAAUCCGCGACAUCGCGGAUAUCGUGACCACCACCUCUUUGGGGUUCAGAGGUGAGGGCUUGUUUUCCCUCGCUCAGUUAUGUGCCCAGGGAACCAUGUACGUAACAACCAAAACCAAGGAGGAUGCGGUGGCGGAAAAGUGGCAAGUAGGGCCAGAUGGCACCUCUGGGCCAGUGAGAGCAGUCUCUGCCCCGCGCGGGACCUUGGUGGUAGUUAAGGGGCUUUUUUCCUCGUUUCCCGUGCGGAAAAACCUUUUGGCGAUAAAAUCGGAACAAACAUUGGAAGAAGUCAAGCGUCUUGUCGUGUCGUAUGCCAUGGUGCACAGAAACAUCCGAUUCGUGAUCAGGUAUGUAAAGGUGGGAACAAACAAGAAGGUGGUGCCAAAUCCGCAGAGAGAUUUUGUGGUGAAUCCUCAGAUGAAGAUUCCAAAUCUAGGAGACAUGAAUUCCCAAACAAGGCUCCUCAUGACACUACACGGCAUCCGUGACUCGUCGUUUUUCAGCGGGUCCGUAGAGGUGCUCCCGCAGUGGAAAAUGGAGUACGUUCUUCCCAGUAUGUUGUUGAAUAAUCAUGUCACAUCAGUAAAGCGUUCGGGAACCAAGGUUAUUGCGGUGAAUGGAAGACCCCUUAGCACUACUUUGUCGUUUGGGAAAGCAGUUCUGAGAGCGUUGGGCAAGGUAUACUCCGAUAGUCGUUUGUUGCUGCCGUCCGUAUACUGCCUAAACUUUGCCAUUGCCCCUGCGAAUAUUGAUGUGAAUGUUGAGCCUGAAAAGAACAAUGUGUUCACGAUUGGUGUUUCACUUAAAGACGUUUGCGAAGGGUUAGUGGAAACCCUAACAGCUGUGGUGGAUAAAGCACAUAGUCUGAGAGAAAAUCUUGAGGGGGGUUUUGCUGCCGAAUCCAGAGCGUUAUCGUAUUAUAAAGGGAUUCAGGAUGGAGGCAAUAAUCUUGGGGGAGAACCGGUAAGAGAUGUGGACAGAGAUUUAAAAAGGGUUACGGAAGGCUGGAAAAUGGAUAGAAAGCUGGGGAAAGAUUUUGAGAUGAACCUGGAAGGGGACUUAAUAACUAAAGAUCUGAAACGAGAUUUGGAAAAAGGUUUGAAUAGUGCAACCAUGGAAAUUUCCAAUAAGAAAGCCCAGCCAUUACAGGCGGGAUAUUAUACAACAACAUUCCUGCCAGAUUCGUUAGACCGAGACGAGAUCACUGAUCUUGCAUCUGAUAUAGCAAAAAUGGAUCAUCAAGACGCGACGAUUGAAAAAUUCAACUCACCGAUCUAUAAAUCUUUAGGUCUUCAAAUCGACACGUCCAAUACGUUACUCGGCGGUAGAAAAGAGGAUUCACCCGAAAAACCCCUAGUCCUCUCUUCACCUAAGGUUCUAUCUCAACCUGCGUAUUUUUCGCAUCUGCAAUACGAUCCAUCUGCCUUACUCACCCCAAAUACUACCAUCUUGAGCAGCUUCCAAAAGUCACAAAGCGAUCUUGCCAUAACUAGCCUGGGUAUCUUAAGUAUAGGUGUACGUGGCUCAGGGAACUUUAUGCGUAGUCCCACUAAACCUAAACUGGACAGUCCAGUGCCAUUACAAGAGUACCCUCUUAAAAGGCCCCUCCCUCCAGGAUUUGAAUGUAAAGAAGGAAGGGGUAUUACUCAACAAGCGACCACGCCGACGGAAAUUCUGCGGGGGCAUCUUCGAUUCAUCCCUCUCCCAGUGACUGGCGCCAGAAAAUCUCUGAUGAAUGCUGAAACUCUAGGGCUUAGAACUAUGUGUGUGGUAUCACUGCUGGACUAUGUGUCCCCCGUAUCUAUUAACCGCGUUGAAGAGGAGAUGGUGUGGCUAUCAAGACAAGGGCUUCCGAGUGCAAUAUUGUGUGGCGGCUUUGCUGAAAAAUUGAAUAUACCACUGACAGAUGUGCAGUUAGAGAAGCUGAACAGCGGUUGGUUUGUUAUCGGUAAAAUUUUAUAAGCGAUGGUCUGCGCUAAUCAAGCCUUGGGAAGACGUUCUCACCUGGUCAGGAUCCAUGAAUGGGUUACCAGACUGCAGUCAUUUAUAAGUUUAUAGAUGGGAUUACUGCGUAGGUUGUGGUUUGUUAUAAAAUAGGCUUCUCAUAUAGUACUAACCUGUAUUGUAAUUACAACUAUC